UCCUUUUAUACAAAUGACUCAGGCGUGAUCCCGCAGCGCAUGUGGCUCGUCUGGACUUGCGGAUAUGUUUUUUGAGUUUCUGCUUUUUCCUUUUUGUUAUGUAAAAGAUUGAUUUUUUAAAAAGGCGACAAAACGAUGGACAACUCAGGAAUCAAAAGAGGCAUUGUGAUAAAAGAUGACUGGCCAGGGUACAGUCUGGACCUGUUCACCUACCCCGAACACUACCACCAGGACAUCGAUAGUGUCUACAUCCCACAUGGGGUCAUCAUGAACAGGAUAGAGCGUCUGGCCCACUACAUCAUGGAGGAUUUCAGAGACAACAACAUAAUGGUUCUGUGUGUCCUGAAGGGGGGAUACAAGUUCUGUGCAGACCUGGUGGAGUUCAUCAAGAUCCUGGGUCGCAACACCAACAACUACCUGGAGACACGGGUGGAGUUCAUCCGCCUGAAGAGCUACCUGAAUGAUCAGUCAACAGAGGACCUGCACAUCAUUGGAAGCAGGGACCUGUCAUUUCUGAGAGGAAAGUGUGUGCUGAUUGUGGAGGCCAUCGUCGACACAGGAAAGACCAUGAAGGCACUUCUGAAGCAUGUGGAGACCUUUGAACCCAAGAUGGUCAAGGUCGCAGGUCUUCUGGUGAAAAGAGUCCCUAACAUGGCUGAAAGUCUGACAGACUAUGUUGGAUUUGAAAUCCCCAACCGCUUCGUUGUUGGAUAUGCCUUGGACUACAAUGAAUACUUUCGUGACCUGAACCAUAUCUGUGUCAUCAGCAAGACUGGAAAGAUGAAGUACAAGGUUUGAGAAGAACCAAAACCAGACAUUCUCAUCAGAAGCACAACAUUUUCUACCAGAACUUUUUGUUGAUAAGUGAAAUAAGUCUGGGUUUAGUUUUGUAUUAACAAAAACUAGAUGAUCUCACAUUUUUCUGAAUAACCGAUAGGAAGUUUUGCAAGUGUUUAAACCUUUUCUCUAAACCAACAGUCACAUAUUCUGUAAAGUUUUCAUCCAAUUAAAAUGUAUUUCAUGCA